AUGGCUUCUCCAAUUCCCCGGGGUCUUCGCCAGGUCCUUCAAAAGUCCCCCAAUGAUAUUGUCAUUCUUUCCUCUCUGCGCACACCCGUCACCCGCGCUAAGAAGGGUGGUUUCAAGGACGCCUACCCAGAGGAGCUACUCGCGAGCGUGCUGCAAGCAACACUGAAGGCCAACCCAAACCUGGAUCCCGCCCAAAUCGACGAUGUGCUCAUUGGAUCCGUCCUGCAAGAGCUAGGUGGUGCCAAAGCCGGCCGCAUGGGCCAGAUCCACGCCGGAUUCCCUCACUCCGUCCCCUUCAACACAAUUAACCGUCAAUGCUCGUCCGGUCUCGCCGCCAUUACAACCAUCGCCAACGGCAUCCGCGCCGGCGCCAUCAACGUAGGUGUCGGCGGUGGUAUGGAGUCCAUGACCCGCAACUACGGCUCCCGCGCCAUCCCCACAGUCCUCUGGCCCCAGCUGAAGGAGUCCCACUCCAAGGAUGCGCGCGACUGCAUCAUGCCCAUGGGCAUUACCUCUGAGAACGUGGCUUCGCGCUACGGCAUUUCCCGCGCGGAUCAGGACGCUUUCGCCGUCGAGUCGCAUGCCAAGGCCUCCGCUGCUCAGAAGGCCGGCCGCUUCGACUCUGAGAUCGUCUCCGUCACCACCAAGACACUCGACCCCGAGAACCCAGAUGCCCCCGCCAAGGACGUGACUGUGUCCAAGGACGACGGUAUCCGCCACGGCCUGAGCCUCGAGAAGGUCGGAGCCCUCAAGCCCGCUUUCUCGGCUGAUGGUGCCUCCACCGCUGGUAACAGCUCGCAGGUUAGCGACGGUGCUGCUGCCACCCUGUUGAUGCGCCGCUCUACUGCCGAGGAGCUUGGUUUGUCCGGCUCUAUCAAGGGUCGCUGGGUUGCGUCCGCUGUUGCUGGCUGCGCUCCCGAUGAGAUGGGUGUUGGCCCUGCUGUCGCUAUUCCUAAGCUUCUGCAGGCUGUCGGUGUCGAGGUUCCCGAGGUCGGUGUCUGGGAGAUUAACGAGGCUUUCGCUUCGCAAGCUCUCUACAGCGUUCGCAAGCUUGGCAUCGAUCAGGCCAAGGUUAACCCUAACGGUGGUGCUAUUGCUAUCGGUCACCCGCUCGGUGCUACUGGUGCCCGCCAACUGGCUACUCUGCUGCCUGAGAUGGAGCGCAGUGGCCAGGAGGUCGGUGUCAUCAGUAUGUGUAUUGGUACCGGUAUGGGUAUGGCAGGUAUGUUUGUCCGCGAGUAA